AUGACUUAUUUUGUGAUUUUUAUUGGGGUUUGUUUUAUGUUGGGGGUUUUGGCUGUAGCUUCUAAUCCUUCUCCUUAUUAUGGUGUGGUGGGGUUAGUAUUGGCAUCUGUAAUGGGGUGUGGAUGGUUGGUGAAUUUGGGAGUUUCUUUUAUUUCUUUAUCGUUGUUUAUAAUUUAUUUGGGGGGUAUGUUGGUGGUUUUUGUUUAUUCAGUGUCUUUAGCGGCGGAUCCUUAUCCUGAGGCUUGGGGAGAUUGGCGGGUGGUGGGGUAUGGGUUGGGUUUUGUUUCUGUUGUUUGUGUGGGGGCGGUUUUGGGGGGCUUUGUUGAUUUUUGGAAAGUUGGGGUGACUACUAUUGAUGGUGGAGGGGUGUCUUUUGUUCGGUUAGAUAUGAGUGGGGUGGCGGUGUUUUAUUCGUGGGGUGUUGGGUUAUUUUUAGUAGCAGGGUGAGGUUUGUUGCUGGCAUUGUUUGUUGUGCUGGAGCUUGUACGUGGGUUGUCUCGGGGGGCAAUUCGGGCAGUUAGG